CGUCCUAGUGCUGUAAGUGUGAACGACACAACAUUGGACUCAUCCAGGACUGGGACCGGGAGAGCUGGGCCUUUGACGGUGUGUGACGUGUACUAUUAUCUGGUAUUAUUAUCGCACAAUAUAUGGUGCUUAACCGACAUACUAAGAAAUAAAUCACAGGCCCGUCACCCUACAGUGGGCAGUGUAAGUGUGUCUGAGAGCUGACAAAUAUGACCUCUUUACCAACUGUGCCACGACAAGGCCUGGGGUUUCCCAACCUCGUACAGCAGAAACCUUCACCCUACAAGGAUAAAGUCUUAGAUGAUCAUCAACCGAAAAAGAAUAUCAAAGAACUGUCAAAAGAGGAAACUGCUCAUUUUAAGGAUCCACUUAAGCAAAGCAUCUGCACAGAAAUACUACGGAGAGGCUAUCACAAGUCGUUCACAGAGCUCUUUACUCUGAUCCAGAAGUGGAAUGCCUUGAGGGAGGCCGGAGGGCCUGGGUCAGCCAUAUGGCAGCAGAAACCCUUGGAGGAGCAGCCCGAUAAACUGGAUCAACUUCAACACUUCCUGACCAGGGCUGAGGCAGCCCAACGAGCAGGUUAUUAUGAAGAAGUAUACAAAAAUCAGUUUGCACUGGCACAGUACUUCAAAGAGGUUGGCGAUCACUGGUUAUUGAACCACUUCUACGAGUGCUGCUUUAACACGGCUAAAAGAAUUAAAACCGACGGUGGGAGAAAAGAAGCAGAGAGUCAUGGAAACCUUGGCAUGGUAGCUGAAAAACACGAUGAGCUGGAGAAAGCUGCCGAGCAUUAUGAGGCAUUUUAUCAUCUGACAGUAGGAAGGAUAUGGAAAGACGAGACAGGCCGCACUCACUACUCACUGGCCUGUGAAAACCUCUGGAGAAUAUACACGCUGCUAUCAGAGAGAAUGCUAGACAACAAAGAAUACCAACUGGCCAUCGAAACUCUAAGAAAAGCUUUACAAAUGGCAAGAGAAGGUGGUAAUAAGAAAUUGGAGGGGGAAGCUGCCUAUCGAUUAGGAUUGGCCCAUAUUUCAUCUGGAAAUCCUCAAACCGCAAUUACAUCAUUAAAUACCUACAUGGAAAUCUCUAAAGCGCUGGGAGAUAAUGUUGGCCUGGGAAAAGCAUACGAAGCAAUGGCAAGAGCCCUAGAAAGUCAAGGCAAAAUCGCUGAAAGUAUUGAAUACUUGGAAAAUUUUGUUGAAGUUGCCAAAAGUAACAAUUUACACCAAAGCCUAACUGGAACAUGCAUUUGCCUUGGAGACAUUUUCAACACACGGGGUGACUAUGAGAAAGCAUGCAAGUAUUUUUCCCAGGCUUAUGAGACAGCAAUGCAUCUUGGUGAAAUAAAACUGAUAGAAGAGGCCCAGGUUCAUUACGGCAUUGCGAAGGCUCACUGGAUGAUGUUGGCCAUGAGUCGACUAACCGAAGCUGCAGACUACAUCAGCAUGGAGAGCCUGUACGCAUGGAAAAAUAACAGAACUGACGUGUUCAGUGACCCUGGGAAAGUCUGUAAGACUUAAGUUGUGAAACACGAUAGUGCUGGGUACAAUGAACUGGUUAAGCCAUGUUCCAUGUACUUAAUUUCCAUGUACUGGAGUGAUGGCUUCUCCCUUACUGUUAGGUGUUUUUUGUUGUCCAUGUCUGCUAUACCUUCCUAGUUCAUAUUUGUAUGCUUUUGUGUAUUUAUCCUCUGUUUUCAUCUUAUCUGGUUAGUUACUAAAUCCUUAUACUGAAUCAGAUGUUUUUGUGAACAAUAGAGAAAAUAUUAAGAAUGUUCAAUGCAGGAGCCACUGUAUGGAA